AUGGCGCCUUGGAGGAUACGUGCUACCAUGGACGAGAUUGACGUUGCUCGUAGAUAUGCCGGACAUCCGACGAUAUUCUCUGUCCGAUUACACCAUGGUGGACAGUUUACAAAGUUCCCUGGAAGAAAGUACAUCAAAGGCAAGCAAAAUUAUGUUGAUUUACUAGACAUUGACACCUUUUCCAUUCACGACAUUGACGAGAUGAUGGAGGAACUUGGGCAUAUUGAUUCAGACGAAACACUACUCUAUUAUCAUUUCCUGAGACCAUUUGGCGAUUUGGAUUUUGGGUUAUUUGCUUUGGGUUCAGAUCAGGAUGUUCAUCAUCUGGGUACGUAUGUUGCUAACCAUAAGGUAAUAGAUGUAUAUAUUGAGCAUGGGAAAACAAAUUUACAUACUUAUUCUAUGUCCCCCAACCCUAGUAAGGUUAAAAUUGUUGAAAUUAAAGAGCCACCAGCUUGCUCCAAACAGUUGUUCUUGGAGUGGAAUGACUCUCCAAUUGAGCAUGAGAGUGUUCCAGACCUAACAGAAGUUGAGAAUGAUAGUCAUUUGGACAAAGAACCAUCUUUGGUCGACCAUAUUGAAUUUGAAAUGAAUGUAGAGAAUGAGGAUGAUUAUGAUGGUAGUGGACACAACAAUGGCAGUGGAAAUGAUGAGUUUGAUGAUGAUAGUGAGAGUGAAGAUAGUGAUUUUUUUAUUGAUGAGGACAAUCUCAUACACGAUGUUGAUGUGGAUAUGAAAGAUUUCCAUAUGAACAUUGACAAGGAUGUAGAAUGGGUUGGAGGUUCUUCUGAAAGUAAUGUACCUGAAGAUACACAACAAGGUGACUUAGAAGUGAUCAACACAGAGGUUUUGUUGUCUGGGUCUUCAUCAGAUGAGGCAAAUGAUGGUAAGCGAAGGAAAACUAUUAGGGCCAUACAUAGGGCUUAUGAAAAUGAUGCAUCUUUGGUUAGUGAGCCCUUCUACAUUUUUCAAACUUUCAGUUCAUCUAAGGACUUUAAGACACAAGUGAAACUACAUUCCAUAAGGACAAGAAGGGAAAUACAAUUAGAGAAAAAUGAUAAGAAUAGGGUUAGGUUUGUGUGUAAGGGCACUAUACCAAAUCUUGCUACUAAUGAAGAAGAGAAAUGCCCAUGGGUUAUAUAUUGUAGUAAGUGGAAGCGUGACAUAGAUUGGAUGGUUAAGACAUACACGAAGGAGCAUCGAUGUCUACAAACAAGGAAAGUCAAAGCAUGUGACUAUAAGUUCCUUUUAGAGCAUAUAGUACAAGUUAUUGAGACAAACCCAAAGAUUCCUAUUAGGGCUUUACGAGAGCAACUCCAACGUGAGUACCAGAUGGACAUUUCGCAUAUGAAAACUUUUAGGGCAAAGCAGCAAGCCUUAAAGCAUGUUCAAGGAGAUUAUGCCAGCCAAUACAGGUUGUUAAGGGAUUAUGUUUUAGAGGUACAAGCUGUUGGGUUUUGA